AUGGAGAACGACCCCUCAAGACGAAGACAGUCCAUCUCUCUCACACCUGUGGCCAAGGGUCUGGAGAACCUGGGGGCUGAUUUCUUGGAAAGCCUGGAGGAAGGCCAGCUCCCUGGGAACGACUUGAGCCCCACAGAGAUCAGGAGCAACUGGAGUGAGGCGGCGCCGAAGCCCUUCUCCAGAUGGAGGAACCUGCAGCCAGCCCUGAGAGCCAGAAGUUUCUGCAGGGAGCACAUGCAGCUGUUUCGAUGGAUCAGCAUAGGCCUGCUCUGCACUGCGUUCGCUGCCUUCCUGCUGGUGGCCUGCCUCCUGGAUUUCCAGAGGGCCCUGGCUCUGUUUGUCCUCACUUGUGUGGUCCUCACGUUCCUGGGCCACCGCCUGCUGAAAUGGCUUCUGGGACCAAAGCUAAGGAGGUUUCUCAAGCCUCAGGGCCAUCCUCGCCUGCUGCUCUGGUUUAAGAGGGGCCUAGCUCUUGCUGCUUUCCUGGGCCUGGUCCUGUGGCUGUCUCUGGACACCUCCCGGCGGCCUGAGCAACUGGUGUCCUUCGCAGGAAUCUGCGUGUUCAUUGCUCUCCUCUUUGCCUGCUCAAAGCAUCAUUGCGCAGUGUCCUGGCGGGCCGUGUCUUGGGGACUUGGACUGCAGUUUGUACUUGGACUCCUCAUCAUCAGAACAGAACCAGGAUUUAUUGCAUUCCAGUGGCUGGGCGAGCAGAUCCGGAUCUUCCUGAGCUACACAGAGGCUGGCUCCAGCUUCGUGUUUGGGGAGGCGCUGGUCAAGAAUGUCUUUGCCUUUCAGGUUCUGCCCAUCAUUGUCUUCUUCAGCUGUGUCAUAUCGGUUCUCUACCACGUGGGCCUCAUGCAGUGGGUGAUCCUGAAGAUUGCCUGGCUGAUGCAAGUCACCAUGGAUACCACAGCCACUGAGACCCUGAGCGUGGCUGGAAACAUCUUUGUGAGCCAGACCGAGGCUCCAUUACUGAUCCGGCCCUACUUGGGAGACAUGACACUCUCUGAAGUCCAUGUUGUCAUGACCGGAGGUUACGCCACCAUUGCUGGCAGCCUGCUGGGCGCCUACAUCUCCUUUGGGAUCGAUGCCACCUCGUUGAUUGCCGCCUCCGUGAUGGCUGCCCCUUGUGCUUUGGCCCUCUCCAAGCUGGUCUACCCCGAGGUGGAGGAGUCCAAGUUUAGGAGGGAGGAAGGAAUGAAACUGACCUAUGGAGAUGCUCGGAACCUCAUAGAAGCAGCCAGCACCGGGGCCACCAUCUCCGUGAAGGUGGUCGCCAACAUCGCUGCCAACCUGAUUGCGUUCCUGGCUGUGCUGGACUUCAUCAAUGCUGCCCUCUCCUGGCUGGGAGACAUGGUGGACGUCCAAGGGCUCAGCUUCCAGCUCAUCUGCUCCUACAUCCUGCGGCCUGUAGCCUUCUUGAUGGGUGUGGCGUGGGAGGACUGCCCAGUGGUAGCUGAGCUGCUUGGAAUCAAGCUGUUUCUGAAUGAGUUUGUGGCCUAUCAAGAACUCUCCAAGUACAAGCAACGCCGCCUGGCAGGGGUCGAGGAGUGGGUCGGCGACAGGAAGCAGUGGAUAUCCGUCAGAGCUGAAGUCCUCACGACGUUUGCCCUCUGUGGAUUUGCCAAUUUCAGCUCCAUUGGGAUCAUGCUGGGAGGCUUGACCUCCAUGGUCCCCCAACGGAAGAGUGACUUCUCCCAGAUAGUGUUCCGGGCACUCUUCACAGGAGCCUGUGUGUCCCUGGUGAAUGCCUGUAUGGCAGGGAUCCUCUAUGUGCCCAGGGGGGCUGAAGUCGACUGCAUGUCCCUCCUGAACAUGACCCUCAGCAGCAGUAGCUUUGAAAUAUACCAGUGCUGUCGUGAGGCCUUCCAGAGCAUCAACCCAGAGUUCAGCCCAGAGGCCCUGGACAACUGCUGUCGGUUUUACAACCACACGAUCUGUGCAUAGUGAGGACAGAAUAUGUUUGUGCUUCUGUGCUUCUGAGGGCUGUUCUCCCCCAGGAAGCAUCUGUCCCCACCUUCCCUUUCCCAGGGCCCUCUUCAGGGAAGCCACAGGACUUAGACCCUGCUCAAUUCCACAAUUGGGAAGGGGUCAUGGAGUGAGUGUGCAGAGAGUGAGUGGGGACAUAAGGAAGGACAUGUCCCACUCCAUCCCCCUUUCUGCUCCCCCAUUUCCUACCUCCCCCAGUGUGAAUUCUCAGGGUCACUUCUGCCUCCUCCCAUUUCCUCUCCAAAUCCAAAUUGCACCCUGGUCCUCUCUAUCCCCUCUCUCCUGGGGUCCCUCACAUGCCCCUUCCCUUCUGUUGUGGGCCGCACACCAAAGCCUCCUCCCCUCCCCGCUUCCUGGGCACUAGGAUCUCUCUGUGGCUUCCCCUGCCAGGUGGUGUCACCCCUUUCUCUGCUUUCAGAGACUCCCUUCCCACCUUUCCUCAGAGCGCUUCCCAAACUGAGGUCCCAUGGCACACUGUCCUGGGAGGCGUUCAGAGGAUUCCAUAAUGGACUAGGUUUGGAACCACUGGGUUAAAUAAACUUAGGGCUAUUUAGA